AUGCUUUGCAGCACCGAAAGGCAAAAUUCUUAUCAAAACAUUGAUCUUACUGAUAAUGAAAAUUUACAAUUUUUAGACGUAUACCCAACUGACAAGUCUACGAAUCUUGUCGAACAUAAUCUUCAAUAUACCAAGGCCGUAAUUUCAAAACCUGCACCAAUUUUCGAAGGCACCGCAGUCGUUAAUGGAGAAUUUAAGACAAUUUCGCUUCGUGAUUAUAUUGGCAAAUAUGUCGUAUUCUUUUUUUAUCCUCUCGAUUUUACAUUCGUUUGUCCAACUGAGAUUCUUGCAUUCUCUGAUAGAAUUGAAGAGUUCAGAAAUAUUAACACAGAAGUUAUUGCUGCCUCUGUAGAUUCUCAUUUCACUCAUUUAUCGUGGAUUAAAACUGAUAGAAAGGCUGGUGGACUCGGAAAUAUUAAUAUUCCUCUUCUAAGUGAUCUUAAUCAUAAGAUUUCAAAGGAUUAUGGAGUUUAUUUGGAAGAUUUGGGACAUACAUUGCGAGGACUUUUCAUCAUUGAUGGAAAAGGUGUUUUGAGACAAAUUACAAUGAAUGACUUACCAGUUGGACGAUCCGUUGAUGAAACAUUAAGAUUGGUGCAAGCUUUCCAAUAUACUGACACACACGGAGAAGUUUGUCCAGCUGGAUGGAAGAGUGGAUCUCCAACAAUCAUCCCAAAUCCAGAAGAUGCUAUCAAAUAUUUCAGCAAAAAUAAUUAA